UUACGACUUACACUGUGUAUGUAGAAAACGAAUCAAACAUAAAUGUAGAAAACAAAAGCCUUGUUUUGAUUUCAAGGUUAUUGCAUAAGCUAUUAUUAUAACAAAGUUAAAAUAUGAAUCCUAACGUACACCAUGUAAAAACAAGCUUUAACAAGGUAGAAAAAUCAGAUAGAAAACGAAGUCCGUCUCCACGGUUUUCAAAGAGAUCACCAUCGCCAAAUGUUGAUCCUCAUGCUGAUGCUGACAUGAAUCGUGUUAAAAAACAAGUUGCUAAAGUAUUAAAAGCAAGACUUUAUCUUCUUGAACAACCUGGACCCAACUCGUUCCAUAUAGGAGGUGAUUCUCCCGAUCACAAAUAUAAAGUCAUAAUUGGUCCUCAGACAUGUACAUGUGGAAAAGAUCAGUUUUGUGUACAUGUUCUUUUUGUCAUGUUGCGUGUAUUUCAAAUUAAAGAAACGGAUCCUUUGCUUUGGUCAAGAGAACUCAAAAAUUAUGAGGUGGAAACUCUUUUUACUAAAUAUCGCCAAAGGAUUGCUGCUCUAUCAACUAAGAAAAUUCAAGCUAGUAUUUUUAAAUCAAAAACUACACAAUCUACUGUAUUGCCUAGUCCUUUAGUUGUGGCUGGAAACUCUUCACACCCAUUUAGUUCUAUUAAAGAAGAAGAAGAAGUUUGCCCCAUAUGUUUAUCAGAUCUUGUUGAAGGUGAGAGUAUGACAUUAUGCAAAGAUGGUUGUCAAAAUCGACUUCAUCAUCAUUGUAUGGCUGUGUGGGCAGAAGAAUGCAAAAGGCGUAAAGAAAAGUUAAAUUGUCCAUUGUGUCGAACUGUUUGGAAGUCUCGAAGAAGUACUUCUCCAGAAAAACUUGGUCAAAGCAUCAAUUCUCAUGAAAGUCAUUUAGCGUCAGUGGAUGCUCCAGGUCUUCCUUGUAAUGAAGUAGUUCCAGAAGAAUACAAAAAUCUUACUAAAUCUUGGAUAGAGAUAUUUGGCUUUGAUGCUGUUGCAUGUUUGUUUUCAAGAGAUUGGAAACAUCGAGAAUCUGGGUUGCGUUAUAUUAGUCGUAAAGCUGUAAAAACACUGACAGAGCGUCGUUCAACAACAUCUUAUGUCGAAAAUAAGCAUGAAACGAUUCAAGCAUUUACUGCUGUAUUAGAAUAUGUUUUAGCUGAUCCUGUAUAUAAUGUUUUCAUUGGUGCUCUUCGUGCAUUUCGUGCAAUUAUUUCUGCAGUUCAAAAUCGUACACCGAAUGAAAUUAACUUGUUCAAUCAAGCAAUCAAACCAGUUAUAGAAAAAAUCAUUUUAAAGUGUGCAGAUGCAAACAGGCGUGUAGUCAUUAUUGCCAUUAAAGUUUUAAUAGAGUUUGUACAAGGUGAACUUUAUGCAUUGAGUAAUGGAUCAGAAAAUUUUAUGAAUCUAAUAUUUACAUGUUAUAAAAUCAAUAAUGAAGAGCUAUCCAAUUGGCAGUGGUGGUUAGGUCGCUUGGCUUUUAUGAGACGACUGCUUGAUGAACAUGGUCAUUUAGUGCUACGUUGUGAAGACGAUCUUCUCAACCUUGCUUUACCAGUCUCACCACGCAUUGAUAUGGAUUUGAACCAAUUUUUAUCAUCUCUUGAAGAGAAUAUUCACACUCGUUCAACAUUUGAUGAUGUAGCUAUUCAAAGGCUCCAUGACAUUGUAAUUUUCUCAACUUCAGCAAUAUUAUCUACUCAUAAAAAAGUACAUUUAAAUGCUUUGUCAUUACUAGUAAAAUGCAUAGCUAUAUCUUCACAUGAUUCAGUGGCAUUUCAGCGUAUCAAAAAAACAAUAAAUGAUUUAAAUCAUAGUAUAAAGAGUAAACUUCAUAGACACUUGUCUUCAGAAGCUCAGAGGGAGCAACAUGAUAUAUUGAAUAUUUUAGAUGAUUAUGAAGAUCACCCAGAUCAGCGAGGUACUUUUGAUGUCACACUAAAUGAAGAUGAAGAAAAAGAAUUAGCUGAAGCUGGUGCCUCUGCAGCUUUAACACCACCUGCAUCUCCUAAAAAUGUGCAGAAACCUCAUGUUAGUCCUCCAUCUUCUGCCUAUGACCCUGGUUUAAAAUGUGUGCGACAAGUAGAAGAUGAUGAAGCAGUUGCUCUGGCAGUAGCUUUAGAAAAGUCUAUGCAGAGACCUGAAAAUGUAAUACCUGAGCAGCUAAUACCUACAGAUGAUAUAACACUAGUUUACAUUCAACCAGUGGAUGGUAGAGAUAGUGAAACAUGCUCACCUAAAAAUGUAUACUUAGAAAACAUUCACUGGAAAAAAGGAGGCUUGCUGGGUACAGGAGCUUUUUCUACUUGUUAUGAAGCCAUGGAUUUUAAAAGUGGGCGUUUGAUGGCAGUAAAACAGAUAUCAUUUUGUCGUAAUUGUGAAGAAGAACAAAACAAAGUGCAUGAAGUUGUACUCGAAGAAAUUGCAUUGUUGACUAAACUUAAACAUCCUAAUAUUGUAUCUUGCAUUGGUGCAACUCAGCAUGAAGGUCAUUACAAUUUGUUUAUGGAAUUAAUGCCAGGGGGAUCAAUUAGUCGUUUGUUAUUACGGUUUGGUCCUUUUCGCGAGUCUGUAAUUUUAAGUUAUACAAGACAAAUUUUACAAGCACUGGCAUAUCUCCAUCAACACCAUACUCUGCAUCGUGAUCUUAAAGGUGCUAACAUACUUGUAGAUAGCACAGGACAGAUAGUUAAACUAAGUGAUUUUGGGACUGCAGCAAGAUUACUUUCAAAAUGCACUGGUACAAAAGAGUUUUCUGGUCAGUUACUUGGUACUAUACCUUUUAUGGCACCAGAGGUUUUGCGAGGUGCACAUUACGGACGUAAAUGUGACAUUUGGAGUUUAGGAUGUUGCGUCAUAGAAAUGGCAACCUCUCAACACCCGUGGGGAACUGAACAUAGCGAUAAUCAUCUUGCGUUAAUGUUUAAGAUUGCUAGCGCAAACUGUUCUCCUUCCAUACCUCAAUCGCUUGGACCUGGAUUACGUGAUUUGGUACUUAGAUGUUUAGAAAUAAAGGAGUCCGAUCGUCCGACCUCCCAUGAACUACUGCAACAUGCAAUAUUUCGAAUUUAAAAUCGAUUUUUAACAACUUGUAAAUAUUGACACAACAAAUUUAUUAAGAAACAUACUCCACAAGUUUUAUUGUGGAAAAUUGUUGUAUAUACACGCAUAUUUUUAUGGAUUAUACUGAAAUGUUUUUAUCGUGUAAAAAGUUCUGUUCAGUAUGAAAAAGAGUUAUAUAUAGGA